CAGCCCAGCGGGAUGUGCGAGAGUUACUCGCGGUCGUUGUUGAGGGUCUCGGUGGCGCAGAUCUGCCAGGCGCUGGGCUGGGACUCGGUGCAGCUGAGCGCCUGCCACCUCCUCACCGACGUGCUGCAGCGCUACCUGCAGCAGCUGGCCCGCGGCUGCCAUCGCUACUCGGAGCUCUAUGGCCGAACAGACCCCAUUUUGGACGAUGUUGGUGAAGCUUUCCAACUUAUGGGGGUUAAUCUACAUGAACUAGAAGAUUAUAUUCAUAAUAUUGAACCUGUCACUUUUCCACAUCAAAUUCCUUCAUUUCCUGUCAGCAAGAAUAAUGUCCUUCAGUUUCCUCAGCCUGGAAGUAAAGAUGCAGAGGAAAGGAAAGAAUACAUCCCUGAUUACCUGCCACCCAUUGUGUCUUCUCAGGAAGAGGAAGAAGAGGAGCAGGUGCCCACUGAUGGGGGCACAUCGGCUGAAGCCAUGCAGGUUCCCCUGGAAGAAGAUGAAGAAAUGGAGGACGAAGAAGUCGUUAAUGAUGAGAACAUCUUGGGUAAGAGGCCGCUGGACAGCCCUGAAGCUGAAGAGGUGCCUGCUGGGAAGCGAGCGCGGCUGCUGAGCUGCAAGGCGGACAGCCUGGACGGGGCGGCGCUGGAAGCGCGAGAGCCUCUCAGCUCCAUCAACACACAGAAGACCCCGCCCAUGCUCUCCCCCGCCCACGUGCAGGACACUGCAGACCGAGCACCCCUGUCACCAGAGCCCCCGAUGUUGGCUCCGUUUGCCAGGUCACAAAUACCAACUGCAAAACCAUUAGAUACAAAGUCAUUUACACCUAAAACAAAGACAAAAACUAGCUCUCCAGGACAGAAAACUAAAUCACCUAAAACUACCCCGUCAUCAGCAGUGGUUGGAAGUCCUAUUCGGUCACCAAAAACCAUAUCCAAAGAAAAGAAAUCACCGGGACGUUCUAAAAGCCCCAAGAGCCCCAAGAGCCCUAAGAUGAUGACUCUUACACCCCCCACCCCGGCCAGACCUGAGACACCAAACAGGACUCCUUCCACUACUGCCAGUGAGAAAAUCAGCAAAGAGAUCGUCCAGGUGAGACAAACGCUAACUCCCCCGGAUGCUGGGAAAAUGAACAAUGAGACUCCACCCAAAAAGGUGGUUGUGACAGAUAAAACUAUUGAUGACUCUAUUGAUGCUGUGAUUGCUCGCGCCUGUGCUGAGCGGGAGCCAGAUCCCUUUGAGUUUUCCUCCGGGUCAGACUCGGAAGCAGACAUUUUUACUAGCCCUAAAAGAAUUUCAGCCUCAGAGUGUACCACUCCAAAAGCUUCCACCUCCUCGAAUAACUUCACAAAGGCAGGAUCCACUCCUUUGCCUCUCUCAGGCGGAACUUCAAGUUCUGAUAACUCAUGGACAAUGGACGCCUCCAUUGAUGAGGUUGUACGGAAGGCGAAACUGGCAACCCCUUCCAGCGUGCCUCCCAGCUUCCCUUACCUCUCUUCUCCCUCAGCUUCUCCUCCCACUCCUGAGCCUCUCCACAAGGUGUAUGAGGACAAACCCAAGUUACCCUCAUCCAUGGAGGUAAAGAAGAAGUUGAAAAAAGAACUGAAAACUAAAUUGAAAAAGAAAGAAAAGCAAAGAGAUAAGGAGAGGGAAAAAGACAAAAGCAAAGAAAAGAGUAAAGAGAAGGAUAAAGCGAAAGAGAAAGAAAAGGAAAAGGAAGCUGGCAAGGAAACCAAGUACCCAUGGAAGGAGAUUCUGAAAGAUGAAGAUUCAGAUCCCUAUAAAUUUAAAAUCAGAGAGUUUGAAGACAUCGAUACAAAAGUGAGAUUGAAAGAUGGAAUUGUGAGGAAGGAGAAGGAGAAGCAUAAAGACAAGAAAAAAGACAGAGAAAGAGGCAAGCGAGAUAAAGAGAAGAGAGACAAAGAAAGGGUUAAAGAUAAAGGUAGAGAAGACAAGCUGAAGGCGGCCCCCGGGCCGCUGCUGCUGCCGCCCAAGGAGAUGGCGCUGCCUCUGUUCGGCCCCGCGGCCGCAGUGCGGGUCCCGUCCCUGCUGCCUGCCUUGUCUCCAAUGCUCCCGGAAAAGCUGUUUGAGGAAAAAGAGAAACCUAAGGAGAAAGAAAGGAAGAGAGACAAAAAGGAGAAGAAGAAGAAGAAAGAGAAGGAGAAGGAGAAGAAAGAAAAGGAAAGGGAGAAGGAGAAAAGGGAGAGAGAGAAGAAAGAGAAGGAGAAGGAGAAACACAAGCAUGAGAAAAUAAAAGUGGAGCCUGUUGUCCCAGCCCCAAGUCCCGUCAUUCCCAGGCUGACUCUGCGCGUUGGUGCCGGCCAAGACAAGAUUGUCAUCAGCAAAGUGGUGCCAGCCCCCGAGGCUAAGCCAGCUCCCUCUCUGAACAGACCCAAAACUCCGCCGCCAGCUCCAGUCCCUGUCCCUCUGCACGUGAGCCCCACGCCCCUGCCGCUGCCCCUCCUCACCCAGGCCGCAGCAUGCCCGGCUCUGAUGCCAUCCCCGGCCCCUGCCAUCUCUGGAGCAGGGAGCUCUAAAGCCCCCGUGCGCAGCGUGGUGACGGAGACUGUCAGCACAUACGUGAUUCGAGAUGAGUGGGGCAAUCAGAUCUGGAUCUGUCCAGGGUGCAACAAGCCAGACGACGGGAGUCCGAUGAUCGGCUGUGACGGCUGUGACGACUGGUACCACUGGCCCUGUGUGGGGUUAAUGGCGGCUCCGCCGGAAGAGAUGCAGUGGUUCUGCUCCAAGUGUGCCAACAAGAAGAAGGACAAGAGGCAUAAGAAGAGGAAGCACCGGGCACACUGACAGCGGCACGGGCGCGGGCACUGCCGUCCCUCGCAGCAGACAGGAGGUGGACAUCCGCCUGCGGACCGAGCUGGGUGCUUCCGCCAUCCCGUCUUUCCCCAUCCCCGUGGAUAAUGAACCGGGAAGAUCAAGGACGAGAAUGCUCAUCCCCUCAGGAUGUGCCCUUCGGAAACACAUCAGCCUGAGCUCCCACGGCGGUGUGACGAAGAAAACUCCAGUGGAGGCGUGGCUUGUGAGCAGUGCUCCGCCGUCUUUCUAUUACCAGUGACAAGUAUUAAUAAAAAGACCAUACAUCUUCCCUCUUGAUUUCCUUUAUUCUCUCCAGGGCCUUUCACUAAGGUGUUAGAUGAGAAGAUAAUGUACAGACCACCUUGACUAAUUUAAGGAUGAUGUCAUGACCAUUUUCAGCUCCUUCCCCUCUAGUGAGAUAAUCAUAACGAAAGAAAACUCCAGUUGGAGGAUUGGUAAAUAUUUUUGUGAUGAGAAUAUAUGAAGCUUCCUCCCACCCACCCCAUUUUUAGUACUAACAUGUAAAAUGUUCACUUUUGUGAAAUACCUUCUAUUUUUUAAGAGAAAGGUUUCUAUCAUGUCCUGUUUGCUUCUGUGCAAAUUAUUUUUGUUUACCAUAUUUUAUCUCUGUUGCAUUCUAAUUUUGCCCUUCUUUAAACUCAAACUGCUGGAGUCUCUUCUCACUGCUUGUAUAUUUCAUCUACUUGUAAAAAAACUCUUCAUACUAAAAAGUUCCCCUAAUGUAAAUAAUAAAUAUUUAUGAAGUAGUUAUUUUUAAAUUUUUUUAUCGUGCUGAAUUCUGGCUUGCUCUGGAAUCACUGUGAUUUCAGCCAUGUCUGUACAGAAGCAAAGACGUGCAGAGAAAAGAGCCGCCGCUCAGGGAAGUCCACUCCAAGCCGAGCGGACGGCGCGGUGCCCAGGACCCUGCGGGGAGGACCCAAGCAGUUAGAAAGAAACAAGGCAAUGUAAAUUGAGUUUAUGGUUUGAAAUUGUUUUGUUGUUACCUAUUUUCUGUAAAUUUAUCUGACUUUACUAAAAGGACAUGUGGUUUCUACAAAAGUAAAAAGAAAAUGCUGUAGCAUUUUGUGUUUAUAUUGUUUUAUUUCUACAAAUUUGUUCAUUGAUAUUGUGCUUUAAGGCUGAAAUGAAGUAUAUUAUAAAUUUUUUAAGAAAACGCAUCAAAUUUCAGGGUAUCACAAAACUUUUAUUAUAUUAGUAUACUGCCCACUAUUUAUUAUAUGUUAUAGAUAUCUGAAACAUAAACCAAAUAUUUUUAUUUUUAAUGUAAAAAACAUCAAAUUUAACUUUAUUAGCAUAUUUUAGCAACUUUGGAGUAAAUAUGAACUUUUACUUGAUUUUGAAAUAUCUCCAUUUGGGCCCAUAUGAUAGCUAGCUAUCUUGAAUGUUAGAAAUGUGGGGUUUGCAUCUAAUACAAAUAUAUUAAUAGAAAAAUGUAAUUUUUUACUGCCAAAUCAAGUGAUACUAGUAUUUGAAUUAGUCAUAUUUUGAAACCUAUAAUGUGAUUACAGAAAUGUGGUUCUCUGCCAUGAUGUGAAAUUGCAAAUCAGUGGGAAUGGAGUAGACCUUGAAGAGUGCAGAGUUCAUUGCUCUUCUUGUUCUAGAAGCCAGAAUUUUUCUAUCCCUGCCCCCUAAAAAAAUCAUCUAUGUUGAGAUAUGUGGGUUUUGUUUUUAUUAAUUUGAGAUCAUUCUAAAUACUUUAUACAAUAUUUUCACAUGCACAAGUAUCCCGUUAGUGCUCUUUGGAGCGGGACAAGGGUGGGGGAGUGCACAAUAAAGAUUGUUGGCUGUUUCCUA